GGUUGUCAAGAAGCAGACUGUUAAUAAAAAAGACGAGGAGGAAAUGGAGUUCGUCGACGAUUAUGAGCGCCCAGUUCUGGAGAAGUACGAAAAAAUUACACCAACGCCACUCGAUAAAAAAGCUAAAGUGGAUGACACACCUAAGAGUAAACGCCCAUCGGUAUCAGAAAGCGUUAAAAGCGAACUUGAUGAAAGUGAAGAGGAGCCAUCAAUUGCAGCUCCAGCCGAGAAAAAGCCUAAGGCUGAACCUCAACAGGUUGAAGAAGAAAAACCAAAGCGUCCAAGCAUUAAAAAGGGUCUACCCAAACCAGAGGAGCCUGUUGAUGAGAUUUCUAAAGUUAAACUUUCUAAGACUCCGAUCAAACCUACCGAAGAAAAGGUUGAGGAACCAAAGGCUUCUAAAGCCAAGACUUCAAUGAAGAAGCUGGAAGAAGAUAAGCCAUUUGUCGACGACUAUGAAAGACCUGAUUUGGAGAAAUACGACAAAAUGACACCUACACCCAGUGAUAGGACCAAAAAACAAAACGGUGUUGAGGCCGCUCCUGAAUUUGUCGAUGACUAUGAGAGACCUGAACUUGAAAAGUAUGAAAAGGUCACUGCUACACCUAAGGACAAACGUCGUCCUAGUGAUACACAGGAUGACGUUGAUAUGAUGAAAGGCAAAAUUAAACCUAAAGAAAAAGAACCAGAACCAGAAAUGCCUACUCUUCGUAAGCGUCCAGUUACUAAGGAUAAGGAGGAAGAGCAAAAGCCCGAAGACAAACCAAAAGCAAAACCAAAGGCUAAGGAUGAACCAGAUGCUAAAAAACGUCCUUCUCUUAAACCAAAAGAGGUCGAGGAAGAAGAAUUCAUCGACGAUUACGAGAGGCCUGUCCUCGAGAAAUACGAGAAAAUCUCACCAACACCUACAGAGAAAAAGAAGAAGGAUGAUAAACCUACCGAACAGCCAGACGAAGAAGUGCCUUCAGCUACGGCUACUGCAAAGCGACGAUCUCUUAAAGGGAAAGACAAACCCGAGCCAAUGGACGUCGAUGAAAACGUUAGUCUGUCGAAACCUAAAGCUCCAGCUAAACCUGGACAGGAACCUGAAGAGGUUUCGCUUACACAUAAAACACCCGCUGAAAUUAAACCAACGGCGGAUGAGGCUGAAGCAAAACUCAGCGUAAAGAAACCAGAAAUUGUUGAGGAGCAAACUCUUAAGAGACCUUCAGCAAAGGGCAAAGAGAAGGGUGAGGACACGGAAGAAUCAGUCAGCCUCACCAAGCCUCGAUCUAAAACCAGCACAACCGCUCCUGAAGAAGCGUCUCUUACACAAAAGACACCGGCUAAGAAAAAACCUACGGAAGGAUCAGAAGCAGCACAGCUCAAGGUUAAAAAACCUGCCGUUGUCAAGAAAGGAGACGAAGAUGAGGAACCAUUGACAGUACAAGAUGGUAAAUUUGAAAAACCACAACUCAAGAAAACAACUAAGAAGACUACAGAUACAGAUACAAAGGCAGACAUUAAGACUAAAGAGACAAAAGAUGGGAUGGAGCUGGACUUCGUGGAUGACUACGAAAGACCAGUACUCGAGAAAUACGAGAAAAUCACACCAACUCCCACAGUCAGGGAGAAGAAGGAAAAGGAAGAGAAGAAAACGACCAUGGUAUCGCAACAACGGCUAGUGCUGAAGUCCAAGGAAGAAGUGAAGGUUGAAAGUCGUAAGAGCUCAAUUGCUGACACCAAAGGCGUUAAGCUAACGAAAGAAACUGCUGAAAGCAAAAAAUCUGCAGUAUCGUCUGUAGCGGAACAACAACAAGUUACUACGCUUAAGAAAUCUACACUAAAGCCCGGCAUUAAAGAACCAGAGACCGCCCAAAUGGAACAAGUCAAACUCAAGAAAGUGGAAAUUAAGCAAGAGGAAGUUAAAGAAGAAGCCAAAAAAGCAAAGAUAUCGACAGUCAGAAAGAAGACAGAGGAUCUGCCUGAGAUUGCAGACUAUGAGAGACCAGAACUAGAAAAAUAUGAGAAAAUGGAUUUCACACCGAGUACGAGGGAAAAGCCUGAGAAAGACAAGCCUGUGCCAAAAGUGCCUGAAAUCAAAGCACCAGAAGAAACGCUUAUGGCACCAAAGAUUGAGGUCAUCCGAGAGAAGUCUCCAAAACCAGAAAUGCGGAAGCCAUCUCUUGGCCCUGGUGCCCCUGUAGGCAGACGUGGAUCCCUUAUUCCUCCACCGGAGGAACUAGGAAGACGUCCUUCGCUCAUCAUCAGUGACGAGGUCACCAAAUUACGUCCAGGAGAAGUGUUAGACGACAAAAAGAAACGCGUGAGGCCCGGUGAACUCAUGGAUGAGCGUCGCAAGUCCUCGGACGCGAGAAGACCUUCAAUCCAGGACUUGGAAGAUCUGAUCAACAAGCCUUCAGUGCCUCUAAAGCCUUAUGGAAAUGAGGGCCCGCCAGUCAUCGUUGAUGUACAGGAGAGCUAUUCUGCAGUUGAAGAUCAAACUGGCUACCUCACCGUUCAAGUGGAGGGCAAUCCAGCACCAACUUUCAAGUUCUAUAAGGGUAUCACUGAAAUCAUCGAAGGUGGUCGUUUCAAGUUCGUCACAGAUGGCGAAAAUGGUCUCAUCACCCUUUGCAUGAGGAAAGUCAAGCCCAAUGAUGAAGGCAAAUACAAGGUUGUGGUCAGCAACAUCCAUGGAGAAGACUCCGCUGAGAUGCAGCUUUACGUGUCUGACUCCAGUGGCAUGGACUUCCGAGCUAUGCUCAAGAAGAGGAAAUACGCCAAAUGGGGUGAGAAAAAAGAAGACCCUGAUUGGGGAGACCUCAAAGAGACCGAAAAACCUAUUCCACCACUAAAGAAAGUCGAAAAGAAACAAGAAUCUUUCCUGAAGCCCCUCGUAGAUCAAUUCGCAAAAGAAGGCAAGGAUAAGAAGGUGGUUUUCGAGGCCAUCUUCACGAAACCCAAUUCCAAGCCGAAGUGGUACUUCCGUAAGGAUGAAUUAUUCCCCGGCUCUAAAUACAAGAUGACGAGCGAACAAGACUCGUACAAACUCAUCAUCAUGAAUCCCAAAGUAGAAGAUACGGGUAAAAUCACAGUCGAAAUCGGUGGCGUUACUUGCACUGCCUUCUUACAAGUUGACGAACCUGAUCCAGUGUACACUUUCACGAAACCGUUAAAGAAAUCUAUUAGCGGUUAUACAAGACACGAGACGGUAUUGGAGUGCGCUGUUUCAAGCAACUUGGCCAUUGUUUCUUGGUGGAAAGAAGAUACAAAACUGGAAGAUGGUGACGAAUUUUCUAUCUCUAAAGACCUAUCUGGCAAAUGUACACUUGUUAUUAAGAGUGCUAAAAUGGAAGACGCAGGAAAAUACUCAUGUAGGAUUGAAAAGCAACCUGACAAGACAGAGACUGAUGUUAAAAUUGUUGAAUACCCAUACAAAUUCACGAAGGUUCUAAAAUCACAGCAGGCCAUCGAAAAAGAUACCAUCACUCUGCUUUGCGAGUUGGACGAUGCUGCUGGUGACGUAAAAUGGUUUAAGAAUGAUGAACCAGUGAAAGCAGACAAGCGUAUCUCAAUCGUGAAGGAAGGUCGCAAACGCAAGGUAGUGAUCAAGGACGCUAAAGUCACUGAUGCUGGCAACUUCAAGUGCGUCAGUAAUGCCGAUGAAACCGCAUGCGAAUUGAUUGUCAAUUACUCGAAUCGCUUCAAUAAGAAGUUGAAGGACACCGAAGCAAUUGAGAGGGAUAAGGUGGUGCUAGAGGUGGAACUUCAAGAUCAGACUGCGGAGGCCGUAUGGUCUUUCAAUGGAACGCCUAUUGUGCCUGAUGAAAGGGUUGAAAUCAAGAACCUGGGCGGCGGUAAACAUCAACUAAUCUUCAACAAGUUGGAGAUGGAGGACGAUGGUGAAAUCCUUUGCGAGUCCGGCAAGCUCAGUUCUUCCUGCAAACUGACCGUUAAGAAAGGAGAGUCCAAACCUACUAUCGAAUGUCCGGAUGAGUUCAACGGACCCGCUGGACAGCCUUUCGUCAUCGAGGUGCCUUAUAAAGUUACCGGCACGCGCCAAACCCCAAUCGAGGCGAAACUGUUCAAGGAUGGAAAAGCCCUCCCCGUCAAAGAGGUUGAAACUGUGGUGGAACAAGAAAAGAUCCUCUUUAAAAUUAAAAAGCCGACCAGGGAAGGAACAGGCAAAUACCAGAUCAAACUGUCAAAUGCCCAAGGCGAAGAUGGUAAAGAUGUACAUAUCAACAUGCAGACUGCGCCAACUCCUCCACAAGAUGUGGAAGUUACAGAAGUAUUCCAGACCUCAUGCGUAGUUUCGUGGAAGACACCACAAGACGAUGGUGGUUCGGCCAUCAUCAAAUACGUUAUUGAAAGACAGGAUAUGUCUCUCAAGGCUGGAUGGGAUAACGUGGCUGAAGUGCCACUUGGUGAACCCUUGAAAUACAAAGUUGAUGAUCUCAUUGCGAAGAAGACGUACAAAUUCAGGAUUCGUGCUGUGAACAAGAUUGGUUCCAGUGAACCUGGUCUCUUUGGCAAGCCUGUAUUGGCCAAGGACCCCUGGGACGAACCUGGAAAGCCCAAGGGAGUGGAGCUCGUGGACUGGGACAAAGAUCACGCAGAUCUCAAAUGGCAGAAGCCGGAUAACGACGGUGGUGCACCAAUCACUGGCUACGUUAUUGAAUACAAGGAGAAAUUCGGAAAAGACUGGGUGAAAGGAGUUGAAGUGCCUGGUGACUGCCUAGCUGCCACUCAGGAUGGUCUAAAGGAGGGCGGUACUUAUGAAUUCAGGGUCCGUGCUAUCAACAAGGCCGGUCCCGGUGAACCCAGUGAUACCACUAAACCAAUUGUUGCUAAGUGUAGAUUUGUUAAACCAUAUAUCAUUGGCGAGGGUCUACAGAACAUGAUCAUCAAAAAGGGACAAGUGAUCACCUUUGACAUCAAAUAUGGUGGUGAACCUGAACCCGAAGUCAAGUGGAUCAAGGGAGAGGAGAAACGCGGAAAGCCGUUAACGGAGAAGGAUAUCAAAGACGACGGUGACCGUAUUACAAUUGACAAAUAUGAGAGGAACACAGUUCUCACUGUCAGAAAGACGACAAGACCUGACAGUGGAAAGUACAAACUGGUGCUUACCAACUCAUCGGGCACUUGCGAGAGUAUUGCCGAUGUCGUUGUGCUUGACAAACCUAACCGUCCUAAUGGCCCUAUCGAAGUUGUGGACAUUCGCGCUGAGAAGGCCACAGUCAAAUGGAAGAAACCCGAUGACUGGCAAGGAUCAGAUAUCACUGGCUACACACUUGAGAAGAUGGACAUGGACACCGGUAACUGGGUACCAUGUGGUGAAACUGGUCCCGAGCCAACAGAGUUCACGGUCAAAGGCCUGACGCCCAAUCACAAAUACAAGUUCAGGGUUCGCGCCGUCAACAAGGAGGGCGAGUCUGAGCCACUUGAGACCGACGGAUUUAUUGUAGCUAAAAAUCCUUACGAUCCACCAAAAGCGCCAGGCAAGCCGAACAUCAUUGAUUAUGACAAUAUGUCUGUCACUUUACAAUGGGAACCUCCUACUGAUAAUGGUGGUAGACCAAUUCUCGGAUACGUCGUGGAGAAGAAGGACAAAUUCUCCGCUGACUGGGUUGAGGUGGUAAAGACAGAAGACACCAAGACAGAAUACAAAGUUGAGGGCCUUAAAGAAAAAGUAGUGUACCAGUUCCGAGUGAAGGCAUACAACAAGGCAGGUGUUGGUGAAGCUUCACAGCCCACUGACAACCAUCUCUGCAAACAUAGGAACUUGAGACCACGCAUUGAGCGCAGCACAUUCAAAUCGGUCAUCAUCAAAGCUGGUCGCACCCACAAAUGGUCUGUGGAUGUGAUUGGUGAACCUCCACCAGAGACAACUUGGUCAUGGCGCGAGAACAUUAAGCUAGUGAAUACUGAGCGCAUCAAAAUCGAGAACAAAGAGUACCAUACUGACUUCACCAUCGUCAACACCGUGCGCCGUGACACAGGCAAAUACACGCUGCGUGCCGAGAAUUGCAAUGGAUUCGACGAGGAAACCGUUGAACUUACUGUCCUCAGCAAACCUAGUGCGCCUAAAGGCCCAUUGGACGUUUUCGAUGUGCAUGCCGAGGGCUGCAAAGUCAAAUGGGAGAAGCCGGAAGACGAUGGUGGCUCACCCAUCAAGGAGUACGAGCUCGAAAAGAUGGACCUCGCUACCGGCAAAUGGGUUAGAGUUGGCAGAGUGGCCGGUGACAAGAAGCCCCUAGAAAUGGAAGUUACAGGUCUGGAGCCAGGUCACCAAUACAAGUUCAGAGUGACAGCUGUCAAUGAUGAGGGUGACUCUGAGCCGCUCGAAACUGAACGUGCGACGCUUGCCAAGAAUCCAUUCGACAUAUCAGACAAGCCGGCGAACGUGGAAGUCGCUGACCAUGACAACCAAAGCGCGGAGAUCAAAUGGGAUCCACCCAAGUCCGACGGCGGAGCGCCCAUACAGAAGUACAUCAUCCAGAAGAAACCCAAAGGCGGCGAAUGGGAGAAUGCUGCAGAGGUGCCUGGUACCGCAACCUCCGGCAAAGUGGAUGGUCUGCCUGAAGGCAGCGAGUAUCAGUUCCGCGUGAUUGCCGUCAAUAAGGCCGGACAGUCUGAGCCUUCAGAUCCUACCAAGAUGACCACUAUUAGGCAUAAGGCUUUGAAACCACGCAUCGAUCGCACCAACCUAAAGGCGCUUGCCGUCCGCGCUGGCAAGCCGAUCUUCUUCGAUGUCAAUGUCAAGGGUGAACCUGCACCCAAAGUGCAGUGGUUCCAGAAAUGGAAGGGAGAAGAAAAAGAGGUCACAGAAAACGUAAUCAAUGUAGAUUAUAACACUAAACUAGACGUCAAGGAAGCAGUGCGUGCAAUGACCGGCACUUACCGUAUCCUGGCUACCAACGAACAUGGCAAGGAUGAGGCGGAUGUUGAGAUCACAGUACUUUCCGCUCCUGGCAAACCUGGAGGUCCACUUAAGGUGUCUGAUGUUACCAAGGCUGGAUGUAAACUGGCUUGGAAGAAACCCGAAGACGAUGGUGGCAAGCCCGUUACCGGUUAUGUGGUCGAGAAGCUUAACAAAGCCACCGGCCGCUGGGUCCCAGUUGGAAAGACCGAUGACACAGAGAUGGACAUCAAAGGUCUUCAGGAGGGAGAAGAAUACGAGUUUAGGGUCAAAGCUGUCAACGAGGAGGGCGAGUCGGAGCCGUUGAAGACUGACCACUCGAUUAUUGCUAAGAAUCCUUAUGAUGCUCCUGGUAAACCAUCCGUGCCAAUAAUCGAUGACUGGGACGUGGACCGUGUGGACCUGAAAUGGGAGGCGCCAAAGAACAACGGCGGCGCACCUAUCACUGGUUAUAUUAUUGAGAAGAAGGAAAAGUUCGGUAGCUGGCAAGAGGCGCUCGUUACCGAUACGCCAGAAUGCAAAGGGCGUGUCCCUGACUUGAAGGAAGGCAACACAUACCAAUUCCGUGUACGAGCCGUCAACAAAGCCGGUCCGGGUGAACCUGGUGAACCUACCCAACCGCACGUCGCUAAGGCUAGAUUCUUAAAACCGCACAUCAACCGCGACAAGAUGGUGGCCAUUCGAGUGCGCGCGGGCGCCACGAUCAAGCUAGACGUGGACAUCAAGGGCGAACCUCCACCGACCAAGACUUGGACAUUCGCCAACAAGACCCUGGAAACAGGUCCAGGUAUCAAGAUCGAGAACGAAGACUACAACACAAAAAUGCAGAUCUUCGACUCGACGUGGCAAAACUCUGGAGUGUACACGCUGAAGGCUGUGAACGAAUCGGGCGUCGACGAAGCCACGGUUGAGAUUACUGUUCUCGACAAACCAGGUAAACCUGAAGGCCCACUGGAAGUCGCCGACGUCCAUGCGGACCGCGUCAAACUAAAGUGGAAGAAACCCAAACACACUGGUGGACUGCCGCUGCAGGCGUAUGCCCUUGAGAAGAUGGAUACUCUCACUGGCAAAUGGGUGCCUGCUGGUACUGUGGACCCGGAGAGUACUGAGGCUACAGUUACUGGCUUAGAACAAGGUCACACGUACCAAUUCCGUGUCAAGGCAGUCAAUGAAGAGGGUGAAUCUGAACCACUAGAAACUGAUCAUGGCACAUUGGCCAAGAACCCAUACGAUGUGCCAGCACCUCCUGGCUUACCAGAAAUCAUCGAUUGGGACGAGAAAUCUGCCAAGCUUAAAUGGGAACCGCCUAUUCGGGAUAACGGUGCUCCGAUUACGGGAUAUGUUAUCGAAGUCAUGGACAGAGAUAGAGGAGAGUUUGUUAAGGCGGCUGAAAUUCAAGGCAACGUUUGCCAAGGCACAGUACCAAAGCUGGAGGAAGGUAACCAAUACCAAUUCCGCAUCCGUGCUCUCAACAAGGCCGGCCAAUCCGAGCCGUCGGAGAACACCAACUGGCAUACCGCUAAACCUCGAUUCUUGAAACCAAGGAUCGAUCGCACAAACCUGAACCCCGUCACUGUCAAGGCUGGUCUGCCAGUCUCUCUAGACGUCAAGGUCUUCGGUGAACCACCGGCAACAGUUACCUGGUAUUUCAAAGACCAGGAACUCAAGUCCGCAGAUAAUCUUGAAAUCAUUAAUGUGGACUACAACACCAAGUUCUUGAUGACGAAGAGUAAACGAGCGAGCAGUGGAAGAUACGUGAUUAAGGCUAAGAAUGAGGUUGGUGAAGAUGAGGCUGAAGUUGAAAUUACUAUUCUUGGCAAGCCAUCCAAACCGAAAGGUCCACUGGAUGUGGCGGACGUCACAAAAAGCGGAUGCACGCUUUCAUGGAAGAAACCAGAAGACGACGGCGGAUCGCCUAUUGAAUACUAUGAGAUCGAGAAACUUGAUCCAGUUUCUGGACAAUGGAUACCGUGCGGUACGGCGAAAGACUGCAAAGCCAACAUCACGGGAUUGCAAGAAGGCAAGCCAUAUAAGUUCCGCGUCAAGGCCGUCAACAAGGAGGGCGAAUCCGAGGAACUCGAGACUGAAAAGCCGAUCAUUGCUAAAAAUCCUUUCGACGAACCCGGCAAGCCCGGUCGUCCAGAACCCCGAAACUGGGACAAGGAUUUCGUGGAACUGGAAUGGUCACCACCCAAGGAAGACGGUGGUGCGCCCAUCACUGGAUAUAUCAUUCAGAAGAGAGAGAAAGGUGGCAGGUCAUGGCAAGACUGCCUCCGUACAUCAGGCGAUCGCCCAACGGGUCGCGUGACCGACGUAGAAGAAGGACACGAGUACGAAUUCCGCGUUAUGGCCGUCAAUAAGGCAGGUCCAGGCGAACCCUCGGACCCGAGUCGCUCCGUUAUUGCUAAGCCAAGAUUCUUGGCUCCAAAGAUCGACCGCAAGAACCUCCAAAAGAGGAAGAUCAAGAUCGGUGAGCCGCUCAAGUUCGAAGCCGACGUCAAGGGUGAACCAGAGCCCACCAUCACUUGGACUUUCAAUGGCAAUGCUCUUAAACCUGAAGAGAGGUUGAAGAUUGAAAACAAAGAUUACCACACAUCAUUCGCGUUGCUGAAGUGCACGCGCGCUGACACCGGCAAGUACGUGGUGACAGCCAAAAAUGACUCUGGCACUGACUCAGUUGAAAUCGAAAUUGACGUCGUCAGCAAGCCUUCCAAGCCGAAGGGACCGCUCAAGGUCUCCGAUGUCAAAGCCGACGGCUGCAAGCUCAAAUGGGAACCACCAGAAGACGACGGUGGUGAACCUGUUGAAAACUACGUCGUUGAACGGAUGGACACUGAGUCCGGACGAUGGGUGCCAGUCUGCACCACCAAGACCCCAGAGGCGGAUGUCACAGGGUUGAACGAAGGGAAAGACUACCUCUUCAGGGUUAAGGCUGUUAACCCUGAAGGAGAGAGUGAGCCGCUUGUUACUGAGCAGGCUACUACUGCUAAGAAUCCGUAUGGCGAGCCCGACCCGCCAGGUAAGCCAGAAUUCAAGGACUGGAGCAAAGACCACGUGGACCUCAAGUGGGAGAAGCCCGCCAACGACGGCGGUGCACCCAUCACUGCUUACAUCGUUGAGAAGAAGGACCGAGAUACCGGCAAAUGGGUUAAAGCUGCCGAGGUCCCUGGAAACAAGACCGAAGCUCGCGUUCCAGACUUGAUUGAAGGCAAGACGUACCAGUUCCGCGUAAAGGCCGUCAAUAAGGCCGGCCCGGGCAAGCCCUCGGCGGUAUCUGAUAAUUUGCUGGCUAAAGACAGAUUCGCUCCACCCAAAAUUGAUCGCACGAACAUGCGCGAUCUGACCCUCAAAGCUGGUCAGAACAUUCGCCUGGACAUCAAGGUGUCCGGUGAACCACCACCAACGAAGACCUGGUUCCAUAACAAAGAACGCCUAUCCACACGCGACGACCUCACUAUUGACACCGAAGACUAUAAGAUUAAGUUAUCAGUCGUUGUUGCUUCGAGGAAACACAGCGGUACUUAUGUGUUGAAGGCUGAGAACAGCAGUGGCAAAGAUGAGGCUAGCAUUCAAGUUAAUGUACUGGAUGUGCCUGCUAAGCCUGAGGGACCUUUGAAGAUCUCGGACGUCCACAAAGAGGGCUGCACACUGAAGUGGAAUCCGCCACUAGACGACGGCGGUGCUCCACUAGACCACUACUUAGUAGAGAAACUCGACACGGAAACCGGGCGCUGGAUGCCAGCACUCAAGACCAAAGAUCCAAAGGCUGAAAUUGAAAAUCUAGUGCCUGGACAUGAGUACAAGUUCAGAGUAUCUGCUGUAAAUAAUGAAGGUGUUUCUGAACCACUGGAGGCUGAUCAUUCCAUCAUUGCUAAAAAUCCCUUCGACGAACCCGGUAAGCCCGGCAAGCCAGAAGUUGUCGAUUGGGACAAGGACCAUGUGGAUCUCAAGUGGGAGAAACCCAUCAGCGACGGCGGCGCCCCGAUCUCCGGAUACAUCAUUGAGAAACGUGAAGUCGGAUCGCCUAAGUGGGUGAAAGCUUGCGAGGUUGGUCCUAACGACAAUGAGAAGGCGACUGUGCCGAAUCUAGACGAGGGAACAGAGUACGAGUUCAGAGUGAAGGCAAUCAACGAAGCCGGUCCUGGAGAGCCAAGUGACGCUAGCAAAUCUGUUAUUUGCAAACCCAGAAGAUUGGCUCCGAAGAUCGAUCGUCGUAACCUGCGCACAAUCAAAGUGCACGAGGGCGAACCCAUCGCGCUUGAUGUCAAAGUAUCGGGCGAGCCGCCACCGGACGUCACCUGGACGCUUAACGGAAAGUCCGUCAUUGACGGCAAUGGACUUAAAUUGGUUAACGUCCCAUACCUCAGCAAAUACCAGCACGCGAGUCCCAGAAGAAAGGACUCUGGCACGUACAAGAUCCAGGCCGUCAACAAGUACGGACAGGACACCGCUGAAGUGGAGAUUAUUGUUACAUCUAAACCAGAAAAACCAGAAGGUCCACUAGAGGUUUCUGAUAUCCACAAGGACGGAUGCAAGCUGGCCUGGAAGAGGCCCAAGGACGACGGCGGAGAGCCCAUUGAAGCCUACCUUGUGGAAAAAUACGACACCGAGACUGGCACUUGGUUGCCUGUCGGCAAGACUCUUGGCAAUGUGCCUGAGAUGGAGGUUGACGGGUUGAUUCCCGGACACGAGUACAAGUUCCGUGUGAAGGCGAUCAACAAGGAGGGCGAGUCUGAACCACUCGAGACCUUUGGCGCUAUCGUCGCUAAGGAUCCCUUCACUGUACCGGAUGCACCAUCAGCUCCCGUACCAGAUGACUGGUCAGCUAGUCAUGUGGACCUCAAAUGGGAAGCGCCGAUAUCGGACGGCGGCUCUCCUAUCAUUGGUUACAUCGUCGAGAAGAAAGACAAAUACAGCCCGCUGUGGGAGAAGGCCGUGGAGACACACACACCUACACCCACUGCUACCGUUAAUGGGCUGAUCGAGGGCAACGAAUAUCAAUUCCGUGUAGUCGCCAUCAACAAGGCCGGCCAAAGCAAGCCGUCAGAAGCUUCGAAGAACUUCAUCGCCAAGCCUCGCUUCCUGGCGCCCAAGAUCGACAGACGUAAUCUCCGUGACGUCACGCUGUCUUCUGGAUCUACGCUAAAGCUAGAGGCUGCUAUUACUGGCGAGCCUGCUCCAGCUGUUGAAUGGAGAUACCAAAACAUGCCGCUCCGUCCAUCCAAGGCAGUCACAAUCGAUAGUCCCGAUUACUUCACGAAACUCGUGAUUCGCCCCGUACGACGAGAUGACUCUGGUGAAUAUACCGUCACUGCCGUCAACUCUAGUGGAAAGGACACUGUGACAAUUAACGUCGUUGUCACUGACAAGCCUAACAAACCUGAAGGCCCAUUGCAAAUCUCAGACGUCCAUAGCGAUGGAGCCACACUCAAAUGGAAGAGACCGAAGGACGACGGUGGUGCGCCCAUUGAAUAUUACCAGAUCGACAAACUUGACACCGAGACCGGUUGUUGGGUACCGUGUGCAAGAUCUGAUGAGCCUAAAUGUGAAGUCACCGGCCUUACACCGGGCAAGGAAUACAGGUUCCGCGUGGCGGCUGUCAACUCUGAAGGCGAGUCUGAGCCCCUUACGUCAGAGGAAAGCAUCAUCGCUAAGAACCCAUACGAUGAACCUGGUGCGCCUGGAACACCAAGCGUCACAGAUUGGGACAAGGACCACGUGGAUCUCAAAUGGACCCCGCCUCGCGAAGAUGGUGGCGCUCCUAUCGAGGGCUACAUCGUCGAGAAGAAGGACAAGUUUGGCAAUUGGGAGAAGGCGCUUGAAGUGCCUGCUGAUAAAACCAAUUGUACCGUGCCUGACUUGAUUGAAGGACAGACUUAUGAGUUUAGAGUACGCGCGGUAAACAAGGCAGGUCCUGGUGUGCCCAGCGAUAGUACACAUCCAAUUGUGGCUAAGCCCAGGAAUCUCGCUCCUAAGAUUGACAGGACCAACCUUAUUGACAUUAAAAUCAAGGUUGGACAGAAAUUCGGAUUUGACGUCAAGGUUACCGGUGAACCAAUGCCCGAGACCAAGUGGUUCCUAGGAAAGAAGGAAGUGAAAUCUGCUGGAGACAUGAAAGUACAGCAUUCCGAUUACAAUACAAAGAUCAACUGUAAGACAGCAACUCGCGCUGACAGUGGCAGAUAUACUAUCACUGCUGAGAACUGCAAUGGCAAGGAUGUGGCUGAAGUUGAGGUCAUCGUUCUCAGUGUGCCCAGUCCGCCUGGAGGACCACUUAAGGUCUCGGAUGUACACGCGAACGGUGCUAAGUUAUCCUGGAACCCGCCAGCCGAUGAUGGCGGUCAACCCAUUGAUAAAUAUGUGGUUGAGCGCAUGGAUGAAGCUACCGGGCGGUGGGUGACUGCGGGAGAAACCGACGGACCCCAGACCAGUCUUGCCGUUGAUGGCCUUACUCCUGGACACAAGUACAAGUUCCGCGUUAGGGCUGUUAACAGGCAAGGCAAGUCCGAACCGCUAACGACCCCGCAUUCGACCGAAGCAAAGAAUCCAUUCGAUGUUGCUGGAAAACCCGGCACACCGAAGAUCAAGGACUUCGACAAAGACUUUGUGGAGCUGGAAUGGACCCGCCCCGAGAAGGACGGUGGUGCACCAAUUACAGGAUACGUUAUUGAAAAGAAAGAUCGCUUUUCACCCGAUUGGGAAGAGUGUGCUCAGAUCGAAGGUGACGUCACUACCGGCAAAGUGCCAGAUCUCAUUGAAGGCAACACGUACGAAUUCCGCGUACGCGCUGUCAACAAAGCAGGCAACGGCGAGCCCAGUGAUGGCACCGGACCACAUCUUGCCAGGCCCAAGAAUCUUGCACCCAAGAUCGAUCGCAACUUUAUGUUCAACAUCAAGGUUAAGGCUGGACAGAACUACGAACUCGAUGUACCAGUCGCUGGAGAACCUACUCCAACCAAGGAAUGGCUCCACGACGACAACCUUGUCCUCAAUACCGACAGAAUCAAAAUUGUUAAUGAUAAUACGCAUACUAAGUUCCGUGUUAUUGAUGCUAAGAGAACCGACUCUGGUACUUACACUCUGAAAGCUAAAAACAUCAAUGGAACUGAUACAGCUACUGUUAAGGUUGUGGUACUCGAUGUGCCAUUGCCGCCAGAAGGGCCGCUUCGUGCUGAUGACGUUACCAAAUCUGGCUGUACUCUUAAAUGGAGGCCACCCAAGGACGAUGGUGGUAGCGAAAUUACAAGCUACGUUGUCGAGAAGAUGGACCAGGAAAAUAUGCGCUGGGUACCUGCUGGUGACGUGCAAGCUUGCAGUAUCAGAAUUGAUCAUCUCAUUGAGGGUCACGACUAUAACUUCAGAGUGCGCGCAGUCAACAAACAGGGUGAAUCUCUCCCACUAGUAGGACACGAACCGGUUACAGCCAAGGACCCUUACGGUACACCAGAUAAACCUGGAACACCUGUCGUCAAGGACUGGGACAAAGAUCAUAUGGAUUUGGAAUGGGUGCCACCAAAGAAGGAUGGUGGCUCUCCAAUUACUGGCUACAUUAUAGAGGCUAAGAAGAAAUAUGGACCGUGGGAAAUGGCCGCGACUGUCCCUGGAAACCAGACUACUGCAACAGUUCCUAAUCUCCAAGAGGGAGAGGAGUAUGAGUUCAGGGUUAUCGCUGUGAAUAAAGCAGGAAAUGGCGAACCUAGUGACGCUUCGUCUCCACAGGUCGCAAAGGCGAGAUUCUGCGCACCGCAUUUCGACAAGAUGCUGCUGGCGGAUAAGACUGUCAAAGCUGGACAGAGAAUUCAAUACGAAAUCCCAAUUGAAGCAUCACCUAAGCCUACAGUCGAAUGGCAGAUCAAUGGCAAGGUCAUUCAUCCUAGCGACAGAAUCGACAUUCAGAUAUUACACAACAGGGUCAUUCUAGACAUUCCAUUCUCCGUCAGGUCUGAUGGAGGCGUUUAUAAACUGACCCUUAAGAAUGACCUAGGCGUUUGCUCUGCUACGGCCAACGUCACAGUUUUGGACAAACCAUCUCGCCCAGAGAAGCCGCUUGUAGUCUCCGAUAUUACCAAAGACUCUUGUUCUCUCUCUUGGAAGAUACCACUCGACGAUGGCGGCUCACCUAUCUUGCAUUACGUUAUUGAGAAGAUGGACUUGACACGUGGUACAUGGUCUGACGCUGGUAUGAGUACUUAUCUAUCCCACCAAGUAACGCGCUUAAUUCACAUGAAGGAAUACUUGUUCAGAGUAAGUGCCGUUAACGCCAUUGGUCAAUCAGAACCCCUUGAAUUAGACAGAGCUAUUAUCGCGAAGAACGAGUUCGAUGAGCCAUCGCCUCCUGGUAAACCUGAGGCCACUGAUUGGAGCAAGGAUCAUGUCGACUUACAAUGGACUACUCCUAAAUCCGACGGAGGAGCUCCUAUUACGGGUUACAUUAUUCAGAAAAAAGAAAAGGGCAGCCCGUACUGGGUGAACGCUGUUCACGUACCGCCUAACAAGAAUAAAGCUACAGUACCUGAUUUAACUGAAGGCCAAGACUAUGAAUUUAGAGUGAUCGCUGUCAAUCAAGCCGGCCAGUCUGAGCCUAGUGAGCCUUCUGACAUUAUCACUGCUAAAGACAGAUUUGUUGCUCCAAAGAUAAUCACACCUCUUAAAGAUAUCACAAUCAAGUCUGGCCUUAUUUUCCACUUAGACGUCGAUUUCAUUGGCGAACCUGCUCCUGAGGUCAACUGGACUUGUGGUGGUAAACCGGUAGUUGCCAACGAGAGAACAACCGUCACAUCGGUCGGCCACCACACUAUUAUUCAUACAGUCAAUUGCAAGCGUUCAGAUGCUGGUAAAUACCAUUUGUCCCUAAAGAAUGACUCAGGAUCUGACGAAGGCAGCUUCGAGCUUAUUGUUCUGGAUGUACCUGGACCACCGCAGGCACCAUUUGAGUAUGAGGAGAUCACUGCUCAAUCUGUUACGAUGUCUUGGAAACCACCUAAGGACAAUGGUGGCAGCGAGCUGACUGCAUACGUUAUUGAAAAACGAGACUUAACGCACGGUGGGGGUUGGGUACCAGCUGUUACAUACAUUAAUCCGAAAUUCAAUCACGCUACCGUUCCACGACUUCAAGAAGGCACCAAAUAUGAGUUCAGAGUAUUUGCUGAAAACUUGCAGGGUAGAUCUGAACCACUCGUAACAGACAGAGCUAUUGUUGCCAAAAACCAAUACACAGUACCCGGCAAACCCGGAAAACCAGAGCUGGUUUCUUCGGACAAAGAUCACAUUAAGAUCAAAUGGUCUUCACCUAUCUCCAAUGGUGGAUCGAACAUUAUUGGUUACGAUGUUGAACGACGAGACAAGGCUACUGGAAGGUGGAUUAAACUUAACAAGGAACCUGUUAGAACUAACGAUUAUGACGACGACAGGGUACAGGAAGGACACCAGUAUGAGUACCGUGUAUCGGCGGUUAACGCCGCUGGCCCUGGUCAACCUUCCGACCCAUCGAACGUAUUCAUUGCUAGACCAAUGAAAGAGAAGCCUAAACUAUGGUUAGAUCAUCUCAUUGGUAGAAAGAUUAAGGUCAGAGCUGGUGAACCCAUCAAUAUUAACAUUCCAAUUACUGGUGCGCCAACACCAACCAUUUCUUGGACUAAGGGCUCUGUGCCACUAUUACCUUCACACAGACUAUCCACCGAAACUAAAAUGGAUGAGACUAAACUUUGCAUUGACAAGUCGACUCGCGAUGAUGCUGGCAAAUACACCAUUACAGCUACCAAUGAUCAUGGAAAAGAUUCUGCGGACAUUGAAGUUAUUGUCGUAGAUAAACCAGGACCACCCAAGGGACCACUUUCUUGCACCCCUGUAACACACGAUUCCAUUAGUCUUACAUGGAACCCGCCUACAGAUGACGGUGGUAGUGAGAUCACUGGAUACGUCGUCGAAGUGGCUGAAUUUGGUGUCAAUGAUUGGCGCACGGUCGCUGGUUUCUGCCCUAAAUGCUCGUUCACUGUUAAGAAUUUGACUGAAGGAAAGAAAUACAUAUUUAGAGUUCGCGCCGAAAAUUUGUACGGUGUUUCGAAUCCGCUAGAAAGCAAACCUAUUGUUGCAAAAUCUCCAUUUGAUCCACCUGGCGCUCCUGAUACGCCAAGGAUUGCCGGUUAUAGCUCUAACAGCUGCUCUCUUGAAUGGGAGCCACCAAAGGAUUGCGGUGGCAAACCCAUUACUGGAUACUAUGUGGAGAAAAGAGAGCGUGGAGGUGACUGGGUGAAGGUCAAUAACUACCCAACGCCCAACACAUGCUAUACCGUACCUGACUUACGUGAAGGUAACCGUUACGAAUUCAGAGUAAUUGCUGUGAACGAAGCCGGACCUGGAAAACCUAGCAAACCCACCGAACCUAUCACAGCAGAGACUCAAAGGCUUAAACCUAGUCCUCCAGAGGCACCUAAACCUGACAGAGUUACCAAAGAUUCUGUUACACUGUCAUGGAGACCACCUAAGAGCGACGGUGGUGCUAAAAUCAAAGGCUAUAUUAUCCAACAAAAGGGUAAGGGAGACAAGGAUUGGAAAGAUGUUAAUGAUGUGCCUUCCCCGAGUCUUGUGUACACCGUUCCUAAUCUUAAGGAAGGAGAUGAGUAUCAAUUUAGGGUUAUUGCAGUCAACGACGUCGGCAGGUCCGACCCCAGCAAGUCCACUGGAGAUAUUGUCAUCGCUGAACAACCCAACAAACCUUGUAUGGAUCUUGGCGGAGUCAGGGACAUCACUGUUCGCGCUGGCGAAGACUUUUCUAUCCACGUACCUUACACUGGAUUCCCUCAACCUACCGCAACAUGGUUCAGGGAUGACAAUCUGAUUGAUGUUGAUGGUGACUCGAGAAUAUUCCAGAAAAUUACACCAGAUUCCGCGUCGUUUGUUGUCAAAAAUGCGAAGAGAUCCGACGGUGGUCAAUACAGGCUGCAACUGCGCAACCCGUCAGGCUAUGACACUGCUACUAUUAACGUAAAAGUCCUUGAUAGGCCUAGCCCACCAGAAAACCUCAGAGCUGAUGAAUUUGAAGGUGAAGCUCUCACACUUUACUGGAAUCCACCGAAAGACAACGGUGGCGGUGAGAUCACGAACUAUGUUGUGGAAAAACGAGAAGCUAGGUCGCCUAACUGGACCAAGGUGUCUGGCUAUGUUACUACUCCUUUCUUGCGAGUGAAGAACUUAACUGUUGGACGCGACUAUGAAUUCAGAGUCAUGGCUGAGAACCAGUAUGGCCAGUCUGAUCCUGUACAGACCACCGAACCGAUCAAGGCAAGACAUCCGUUCGACCCACCAGGUGCACCUGGAGCACCUCGCUCCGUGGAGACUACAGAUUCUUCCAUUACAAUCACGUGGACAAAGCCUCGCCACGACGGUGGCUCACCUAUCACUGGUUAUGUCGUAGAAAAGCGAUUGAUUACCGAAGACAAAUGGACCAAAGCAUCACACGCACACAUUCCAGAUACAACCUACAAGGUUACCGGAUUGAUUGAAAACCAUGAAUAUGAGUUUAGAGUAGCAGCUGUCAACGCAGCAGGUCAAGGACCAUAUUCUCAGAGCUCUGACGCCAUACGUGCAUGCGCGCCGCCUAACUGCCCACGUAUUACCAGUGAUCUGAGCCUGCGUGACAUUACAGUCAUUGCCGGCGAAGAAAUCAAGAUUACUGUGCCUUUCACAGGCAAUCCCAGGCCAAAGGUAUCAUGGGUUAUUAACAACGAGGAGGUGUUCCCGGACAACCGCAUACGCUUUGUAACGUCAGACAUCGACACAGUGUUCCACAAUUCGUGCGCAAAGAGAUCCGAUACUGGAUCAUACACCAUUCAGCUGGUUAACAGCGAGGGCUCUGACAGUGCUACUUGCAGAGUGCUAGUAGUAGACAAGCCAUCGCCACCACAAGGCCCACUGGAAGCGUAUGAUAUCACACCCGACACGUGCACGCUAUCGUGGAAGCCACCCCUCGACGACGGCGGAUCGCCCAUCACCAACUACGUUGUUGAGAAGAUGGAUAAUAAUGGCGCAUGGACAAAGAUCUCAUCAUUCGUUCGCAACUGCCACUACAACGUCAUGGGCCUGGAGCCAAACAAGAAAUACACAUUCCGCGUGCGCGCCGAAAACCAGUACGGCGUUUCGAACCCGCUUACCAUGGACGAUUCUAUCACUGCCAAGUUCCCAUUCACAAUUCCCGACCCACCGGGCGUUCCCCGCGUGGUCGAAUGGGAUGGCUCCACGGCGACUGUCGUGUGGGACAGACCACGCUCAGACGGCGGCGCUCGUAUUCAGGGUUACAAAAUCGAGUUCCGCGAUGUACAAGAUGGUAUUUGGAACAGCGCAGACUAUCUUGUCAAAGACUGCACUUACCAGGCGUACAACCUGGAACCAGGGCACGAGUACGAAUUCCGCGUUCGCGCGAAGAACGCUGCUGGGUUCAGCAAGUACUCUGCCAGCUCGCAGAAGUUCCGCGUCAAGCCCCGUUUCGGUCCACCCGGUGCACCCAACGCACCACGCGUCAUGCGCGUUGGACGCAACUACGUCGAUCUCAGCUGGGACCCACCAAGUACAGAUGGCGGCUCUCGCGUUACCGGCUACAUAAUCGAACGGCGCGACGUCGGCGGUUCCGUUUGGGUGAAGUGCAACGACUACAACGUGCAGGACACUACGUUCACGGCACUCAAUCUUAAUGAAAAGGCUGACUAUGAGUUCAGAAUUAUCGCUGUUAAUGCUGCUGGCAAAUCAGAGCCUUCAACCUGCACGACGCCAGUCCGAACGGGUGAAGAGAUUGGCGGCACGAAACCCGAAUGGGUGAAGCAGAUUCCUCCGCACAUGUGCGCUCCACUCGGCAGGCCAUUCACGCUCGAGUGCGUCGCAACCGGCAACCCUAUUCCUACUGGCAGAUGGCUCCGUAACGGAAGAGAAGUUGUAUUGGGCACCAGAUUCAUCGCAGAAUCCCGCGACGGUACUCUAAGAUUAAACAUCACUGAGGCAGCGGAUGCGGACGAGGGUGAUUACACUUGCGAGGCCAUCAACAGUAUCGGUUUCAUCUAUUGCACGGGACAUCUGAAGAUUGGAAGCCCACCGCGCAUCACCCGCAUGCCGGGCGAUCUCCACCUGCCUGAGCACGACAACACCAAGAUCAAGAUCCUGUACACCGGCGACCAGCCCGUUGACGUCACAUUGACGAAGGACGGACACAAGGUGUCCGACUCUCCACACUUGAAGUUCACCGUCUUGGAUGAUUACAUUCUGAUCUUUAUUAAGGAUAUCUCGAAAGAUGAUAUGGGCAUAUACAAAUUGACAAUCAAGAACAACUCCGGCGAAACAUCAGACUCGUUCUCCGUCACAGUAACCGGCCUGCCUGGACCACCACAGGGACCACUAGAGACCACCGACGUUAGCAAACAUUCUUGCACUUUGGCCUGGAAGCCGCCUACUUACGAUGGCGGAUUACCAGUUACGCACUAUGUGGUAGAACGCAACGACCUAUCUGGCACAGCGUGGAUCACAAUCGCGUCAUCAGUACGCGACACCAAGUUCACAGUACAGGGUCUCACUGAGGGACACGAAUACAACUUCAGGAUACACGCUGCCAACGAGAAUGGCAUUGGGCCGGCUCUCGAAGGCGCUAAUCCUAUUAAGGCCAAGGCACCGUUCGAUCCACCAUCAGCACCUGGUGUGCCGAAGAUUCUAGAAGUCGGAGGCGACUUUGUCCACCUCGAAUGGGACAAACCUGAAAGUGAUGGAGGAUCUAGAAUUCAAGGAUACUGGGUGGACAAACGCGAAGUGGGUGCGACGACAUGGCAGCGCGUGAACAUCGUACUCUGUCUACCGAACCAGCUUAACUGCUCUAACCUCAUCGAAGGCAGGCAGUACGAGUUCAGAGUGACAGCUGUCAACGAAGCAGGACCAUCACCACCUAGCACCGCUAGUCAACAGGUCAAGGUCGUCGAUCCUAAAGCGGCAACACCACCAGAGAUCGUGAAACCACUAAAGAACGCCAACUGCAUCCAGUACCACAACGCGAAAUUCCAAUGCACAAUCACAGGAUCGCCGAAUCCGACGAUCACAUGGUACAAGGGCGCCCGCGAAAUUACCAAUGGACCGAGACAUCGCAUUUGGAGCGAGGGUGACAAUCAUUUCCUCACCGUUAUGGAUGUGUUCGGUGAAGACGCCGAUGAAUACGUGUGCAGGGCUGUCAAUAAAGCAGGCGUUAAGAGUACCAGAGCUGAACUGCUUAUUAUGACUGCACCAAAACUGAACGUGCCUCCGCGCUUCCGCGUGACGGCGUACUUCGACAAGGGCGAGAAUGUGAUUGUUAAGAUUCCCUUCACCGGACACCCGGUGCCGAAGAUCACGUGGGUACGAGAGGGCGAGACCAUCGAGUCUGGUGGACAUUACCAUGUCGAGAGGAAAGAACGUCACGCUGUCCUGACAAUCCGUGAUGCGAGCAAAUUGGACUCUGGCCCGUACAGAAUCACUGCUGAGAACGAGCUCGGACAGGAUUCCGCAAUCAUCAACAUUGAAAUCAGUGAUCGUCCGGACCCGCCACGCUUCCCAGCUGUGGACAACAUCGGCGUGGACUCGCUUGCUCUCAGCUGGAAGGCACCAGUUUGGGACGGUGGAUCAGAUAUCACCAACUACCUCGUCGAGAAGAGAGAGCAUCCAAUGUCCAGCUGGAUAAGAGUUGGCAACACCAGGUUCACAACAAUGGCUAUCACAGGCCUGGUGCCAGGCAAGCAGUAUGAGUUCAGAGUGUAUGCAGAGAACAUCUACGGACGCUCCGAACCAAGCGAACCCACUACACUGGUAUCGACCAAAGCGGUUAUAAAGAAGGAGUUCAAGAAGAAGGAAUAUCCAGUGGACGAAUCCGGCAAGCGCAUUCGCACGAACGCGGACCACGGGCCAGUGAAGGACUACGACAGCUACGUGUUCGACAUUUACAGCAAAUAUGUGCCACAACCUGUUGACAUCAACACGUGCUCGGUGUAUGACAAAUAUGACAUACUUGAGGAGAUUGGCACAGGCGCGUUCGGCGUUGUCCACCGAUGCCGUGAGCGUUCCACCGGCAACUACUUCGCGGCUAAGUUCAUCCCCGUCACCGGCGCCAUGGAGAAGGAGCUGAUCAAGAAGGAAAUUGACAUUAUGAACCAAUUGCAUCAUAGGAAACUGAUCAAUUUGCACGAUGCCUUUGAAGAUGAUGAUGAGAUGGUGCUCAUCUUUGAAUUCCUCUCCGGCGGCGAGCUAUUCGAGCGCAUCACGGAACCAGGUUACAAUAUGAGCGAGGCUGAAGCGGCGCAUUACAUGCGGCAGAUCUGUGAGGGUGUCAAACACAUGCACGAGCAGAACAUCAUUCACCUCGACUUGAAGCCUGAAAACGUUAUGUGCCAGACAAGAACCGGCACCGACGUCAAGAUAAUCGACUUCGGCCUUGCAACGAAACUGGACCCCAACGAGGUGGUCAAGAUUUCAACAGGCACAGCGGAGUUCGCAGCGCCCGAAAUCGUUGAACGAGAACCAGUCGGAUUCUACACAGACAUGUGGGCUGUCGGUGUUCUUUCUUACGUGCUGCUGUCUGGCCUGUCACCGUUCGCGGGCAACAACGACAUCGAGACCCUCAAGAACGUGAAGGCGUGCGACUGGGAAUUCGACGAUGAGGCCUUCCAGCACGUCUCCGACGACGCCAAGGACUUCAUCCGUCGGCUGCUCGUUAAGAACAAAGAGAAGCGCAUGACGGCUCAUGAGUGCCUGAUGCACAAGUGGCUGGCGGGCGACGCGGCCGCGGCUCGCACCGCCACCAUCGAGUCCCGCCGGUACUAUAACAUGCGCGACAGGCUCAGGCAGAGAUACGAUAACUGGUCAUCGUUCGCGCUGCCGAUCGGCAGGCUAAGCGAGUACAGCUCGCUACGCAAACUUCUCAUCGAGAAAUGGAAGAUCUACGAUGGUCAGUUUGAUCGUCGGCAGGCAGCGCCGCGGUUCGUCAUCAGACCGCAAUCGGCGUUCUGCUACGAAGGGCAGUCGGUGAAACUGUACUGCCGCAUCAUCGCCGUUGCAGCUCCCACCGUUACCUGGUCGCGCAACAACCACGAACUACGGCAGUCUGUCAAGUUCAUGAAACGAUACGCGGGUGACGACUAUUACUUCAUAAUCAACCGCGCGAAACUGGAGGACAGAGGCGAGUACAUCAUCAGGGCUGAGAACCAUUACGGCUUCCGGGAAGAGGUCGUUUUCCUUAACGUCCAACCGGUUCCUAAAGUCCAACGCCAACACCUACCAGAGGCUCCGCGCCGUCGCGAAGCCCUCCCGUACACGUUCUGGCAAGAGUCAUCCGAGACGGCGCCCGUCUUCACCUUCCAGCUGCGCCCGCGCGUCAUGCAGGCCCGGGACACCUGCAAGCUGCUCUGCUGUCUGAGUGGCAAGCCAACACCGACUGUUAAAUGGUAUAAGGAUAAGCGAGAGCUAUCAAAAUACGAUUACUCGAUGACGCACUCGGACGGCGUAGUCACGAUGGAGAUCAUUGACUGCCGACCAGAGGACAGUGGGAAGUACUCGUGUGUGGCCACCAACUGCCACGGCACCGAUGAGACAUCUUGCGUCGUUAUUGUUGAAGGCGAGGUAGUCCCACCUGAGCAGGCGGAGUUGGCACACAACUUCCUGUACUCGGGCGACAGGCGGUACAUCGAGAAACCGAUCAAACCUGCGCCGCCGCCAAUUAUCACCAAGACAAAGGUGACGGUCGACCCUCCACCAAAAGCGCACGCGACGGUGCGGCCCAAAAUCUCCCCACAAACGUCUGUGGACGGCAGCAAGAAGAAGUAUAACUCCAAGCUCGACUCCGACACCUCAUCACGAUCCAGGAGCGCGACUAAGGAGUUAGUCUUACCAGCAUCCGACAAGACAAUGUGUGCACCAUCAUUCGCACGCGCACUGCCCGAUGUGCUAACCGCAAAGGACGGAGCUCCUUUACUUUUGUCCUGCUCAGUGAGAGGCGAUCCUGACCCCAGGGUCGAGUGGUACAAGAACGGAAGGCCAUUGUAUUCUUCUGAAGUAGUAGACCUGAAGUACAAGAACGGCGUAGCGUCCCUGGCGAUCAGCGAGGUGUUCCCCGAGGAUGAGGGCGAGUACUCGCUCAAGGCCAUCAACAGCCAGGGGGAGGUCGAGACCAAGUGCAAGGUCUCGGUGAAAGCGAUGGAGAGCGGAGGGACUGCUGCCACACUGAAGACCGGCGACAAGCCUCCGAGGAUAGUGGACCACGCUAAGUCGCAGGUUGUCACUGACGGCGACGCCGUCACACUCUCCUGCCGAAUCGUCGGAGCGGAGAGGUUCGACGUAGUAUGGCUGCACAACAACAAAGAGAUCAAGCCCUCGAAGGACUUCCAAUACUCGAGUGAAGCUAACAUUCAUAAGCUACAUAUCGCAGAGAUCUUCCCUGAAGACGCAGGUAUGUACACAUGUGAGGCGUUCAACGAUGCAGGCGAAUCGUUCUCCUCAUGCACACUGGUUGUACAAGUACCGGGCGAGACGUCAGCCGCACCGCAGUACACUGCCUUCCCCGCUUCCGCUACCGUCAGCUCAUCUGAACCUGCUGUUUUCACCGCUGAACUGGACAAGCCACCACUCCAGCUUCAAUGGUUAAAGGACGGCAAGCCUAUUGACGAGACUUCGCCGAGGUACAGGUUCACCAUGGAAGGCACGUCGCGGUACCGCAUCGAAAUCGCCAAGUCCUCUUCCGACGAUAGCGGCCAGUACCAGGCUCGCGCAGUCGGCUCCAAGGGCGACUCCUUCGCCGCCUUCUACCUUAACGUCACCGACGUCUAAAUGCAUUACUUCGCGCCACUAAACCAUGGACUGACACAUAACGUUAAACUUGGGACCCAAGGUGCUACCUUGUGGCACCCCCAACAUUUUUCACUCGAAACAUAAUGAUUUAAAUAUUGAGCAUGAACACCAUUUUUAUACAAUUUGGAGUCUAAGUGUGUAAAGGAGAUUUUUUUAUAAUUAAAUUAUUUAUUAAUUUAUUAAGUAUUGUUAAGUGUUACACCCUAUCGAAUGCCUAUGAGAAAUCGCUUGGACGAUCGAAUCCUCGUUCUCUAGUCACUGUUAAAUGUUAAUUUAUUUAUUGUCGCCAUUGUUAUUUAUUUAUUUAUUUCUUAUAAUUUCUCGUCCUCAUCUAACAGGUUUCAAAGCAGCUUCUUAAAAUUAAGCUUGUUAAUCGAUGUUACCACGGAUUUAGGCCCGAUUUACCUUCAAGUUGACCCUUUCUUGGAUAUUUUCGAAGCCACCACAAAAUGUUUGCGAAACGGUCGUCGGUAACGGGCCCUAAUCUGUAAUAUUAUUUUUGUAUUUAACUAUAUUAUUUAAUUGUACAUAAUUAAAUUUAUAUCAUGUGACCGCGUAAUUUAUAAAUAAAUAUGUAUACCAU